UGUUAGGUAGUAUAGGUAGCUACGCAAUAGCCUCUUUUAUUCAUACGCCUCUUACAAUGGCAAAAAUUCAGUUGCAUAUGGAAAAGAAAAGGAAAUAUUUAGGUAUUAAACCCAAGUCCUCCAAUGUUUUAGAAGCAAUUUACAGGGCUUACCAAAUCGAUGGUAUUCGUGGCAUGUACAGGGUUGUAGGUGGUGUUCCGCUCACAAUUUUGGAUGUUAUAUACCUUUUAUGUCAAAUGCAGUUUCAACCUAUGACUUUCAAUAACGCUGAGAAAUUAGGACUUCCUCGUCCAGUAUCCAUAAGUGUUACGGGCGCUGUUUCAUUAGCCUUGACUUCCAUUUUUUGCUUACCACUUGACGUAGUUACGACAAGGCUACUCAACCAGGGUGCUUAUGAGCCUAAUGAGAAAUACAUCUACAAGAAUACCAUGCACUGUGUAAGAAUGAUAAUUGAAAACGAAGGGUUUUUUGGAUUUUACAAAGGCUUCGUCCCUUUUUUUCUUCGUAGUGGUUUUACUGCAGCGUUUUAUCAGUGUACUUAUCAUAUUUUUGUCUUUUUAUUGGGGUAUGAAUUUUAACUACGUAUGUGAAU